AUGUUUGCGAUAAGUUCAUUCUCCAUGCUGGCAUUAGAGGUACAUUAUGGCGUUGGAAAGCCGAAGACGACACUUAGUGUGGAGCACAUAGAGAGGCAGUUUUUGUUUCUAUGGCUGAGCAUUCCACUCUACAACCUGUCUCUCACUUUCACCAAAGCCUCUAUUCUAUUGUUGUAUCUGCGCAUCUUUGCGAUCCCUCGGUUUGUCCUUGCGUCCCGUAUCGCACUCGGAGUAAUAAGCAUCUAUGGACUCUGGUGUGUUCUCAGCGCCAUCCUUAACUGUAUCCCUGUGAGCGCUUUCUGGGACUCGACAAUCCAAGGAAAUUGCAUAUCCAGGAAGUUCCUCUGGUUCUUCAACGCGUCAUUGAACAUUGUCACCGAUUUGGUUAUUCUUAUUAUGCCAAUACCCGUUUUAUCUCGCCUGCACCUGCCGCAAAAGCAGAAGUUUGGCGUGAUCGUUGUCUUCGCAGCUGGUAUCUUUACCUGCAUCACGAGCAUGAUUCGUCUCAAGUAUGUGGCCACAGCAACCGAGGCCACAGAUACGACAAAGUCUUUAGCUCCCAUCGCCGGCUGGUCCUUCAUUGAGAUGAAUAUGGGAAUCAUCUGCUCCUGCCUGCCGCCGCUACAUCCUCUCAUGACGCGAGCCCUUCCGUGGCUGCGAUUCAUUCCUCGGUACCACGGCUCCUGGUUUCAUAUGCCCUAUUCUGGUCACCACCCAGGACAAGAUUCUGUGGCUCUUGCUAGACGACGGGACCCGAAACACUGCGACAGAGGAAUCACAAUCACACAGGAGCUACACUUGGAGACUUUAGAAGCCGCCGUCCCGGGGAAUAUGGAAACCCUCUAA